AUGGAAAUGACCAAAGAGAAAUAUAAUCCCAAUCCACGGGAGACAGCGAAUUUUUUAUCGGCUAUAUUUUUUGGAUAUACAUAUGAUGUAUUUAAAAAGGGCUUAUCGAAGACACUGGAAGUUGACGAUUUAUAUAAUCCGUUAAAGAUUGACAGGAGCAAAGUCUUAGGAGAUCAUUUACAAAGAAAUUGGGACAAGCAACUAGAAAAAGCAAAGAAAACAGAUUCAAAACCAAGUUUAUUCAAAGCCAUUGUUAUGACAUUUUGGUUCGAGUACGUAAAGCUAGGAAUAUAUGAUAUCUCGACAGAUUUAGUGCUAAGACUCAUUCAACCUCUAGUACUUGGAAACCUAUUGGAUUAUUUUAAACCAGAAUCACAAGUUUCAAAGAAUGAGGCCCUUAUGUAUGCAGGUAUCAUAGUAGCUAUAAAUAUCUUAUACUUUUUGAUCGGAAAUCAAUAUAUGCUAGAGGUUUUUCACAGUGGCAUGAGGAUAAGAGCAGCUUGUUGUGCUGUUAUAUACAGAAAGUCAUUAAAAUUGAGCAAAACUGCCUUGGGAGAAACAGCUUCUGGAAAACUGGUCAACCUUUUAUCCAACGAUGUCAGUAGAUUCGAUAUAGUUAGUUUAUUCAUUCACCAAUUAUGGAUGGCACCGCUAUUGUCAUUUAUUAUAAUGGGUAUACUGUACCAGAAAACCGGAUAUGCAGGAGUAGUGGGAGUUUUGGCAGUAUUUGUGAUAGUUCCUAUUCAAACUUACACCGGAAAAUUAUCUGCUAAAUACAGAAAACAGACUGCUUUUAAAACAGACGAGAGAGUCCGACUAAUGGACGAAAUAAUAUCAGGAAUUCAAGUAAUCAAAAUGUACGCAUGGGAAAUACCUUUCAGGAAAAUAAUCCGAAUUGCCAGACGAAAUGAAAUAAAAAUCAUUACAAAAUCUGCAUAUGUACGAGCUACCUUUAUGGCACUGAACCUUUUCACAACUAGAUUGGCUUUGUUCUGUACUUUACUCACGGUUAUUUUGUCGAGUGAAACAAUCACAGCUUCGAAGGUUUUCGUUGUAAUGUCCUACUUCAACGUUCUCUCAAUGGCUAUGUCCACCAUGUUUAGUAGAGGAGUAUCUGAAAUGGCAGAAGUUAUGGUAGCUAUUCGAAGAAUUAGAGAUUUUCUCAUGAACGAAGAAUACGAUCCUAACAGAACAAAUUUCGCUAUGAAUGGUAAUGUAAAUAGUGUAGACGAUUUUAAAGAAAUUGUAAGUUUGCAAAAUUUGACUGUAAAAUGGAAUGUAAGCUUCAGCGACAAUGCUCUUGAAAAUAUAAAUUUAAAUAUUUCUGACGGACAGUUGAUAGGAAUUAUUGGACCUGUUGGUAGUGGAAAAAGUUCUUUGUUACAAACAUUACUGGGUGAACUUGACAUAACCGAAGGUAACAUGAGAGUUCGAGGUCAAAUAUCCUAUGCUUCCCAGGAACCGUGGGUGUUUGCAGCUACUAUUCGUCAAAACAUUCUUUUUGGAGAAGAGUACGACAAAAAGAGAUACCAUGAAGUUAUACAAGCUUGCUCUUUAGAGAAAGAUUUUGAGCAGUUUCCAAAUGGCGAUUUAACUCUUGUAGGUGAUAGGGGAUCAUCUUUGAGUGGUGGCCAGAAGGCUAGAAUAAAUUUAGCAAGAGCUGUAUAUAGAGAAGCUGAUGUUUAUCUCUUGGACGAUCCGUUAUCAGCUGUGGACAUACACGUUUCCAAACAUCUAUAUGAAAAAUGCAUUAAUGGCUAUUUGGCAAACAGAACGAGAAUUUUAGUUACACAUCAAGUACACUAUUUGAAGGAUGCGGAUAACAUAAUUAUUUUAAAUAAUGGACGCAUAGAAGAUGAAGGAACCUUUAACUUUUUGGCAAACAGUGACAAUGUUUAUGCAAAACUUUUAACUGCUGAGCCAGAAAAUUUGGAAGAGAAGAAACAAGACAGAUCUAAAUAUUCUAGGCAACUAUCAAUAAGAAGUCGAAAGGAUUCAAUGGCAAGUAUAGUCAGUGAAUUAAGUAUUGCAGAUAUUCCUUUAUCAAAUGAUGUCGACUUUGAAGAAGAAGGAGCCGAAAAAGAACAAGAGUUUCAAGUUAAAGACCUUCAGGAACAAUCAUCAAAAGGAAAAGUGGGUGGUUCUCUGUUGUUUAAAUAUAUGUUGGCAGGUUCUAAUACAUUUGCUGUUUUAAUAUGCGUUAUAUUAUAUAUAGGAACUCAAUUAGCGGCCAGUGGGGUGGAUUACUGGGUAAGCUAUUGGGUAAAUGUUGAGGAAUUCAGAAACUCGUCUGAGUCUCUUAACGCUACUUCACCUACCUUCAUUAUUCCGUCCAUUGAAUUGACAACAAAUAAUUGCCUUUACAUAUAUGCGGUCCUAUUAGGAGCUCUUUUUGUUCUUGCUAUGACAAGAUCUUUCUUCUUCUAUAAACUCGCCAUGUGGAGCUCCAAAAAACUGCAUGCGACAAUUUUUGAUAAUAUUAUUACUGCUACAAUGAGAUUCUUUGAUACCAAUCCAGGAGGAAGAAUUCUCAAUAGGUUUUCUAAAGAUAUGGGAUGUGUUGAUGAAUUACUACCGAAAGCAAUAUUGGAUUCUUCACAGAUUCUUUUAUCUAUGUUUGGAUCUCUCUUACUGAUUAUCAUAGUUAACCCGUACUUUUUAAUUUUGAUUGCUGCAUUGAGUGUAGUUUUCGGUAUUAUGAGGCACAUCUACCUAAAAUCUUCGAAGAACAUUAAGAGGUUAGAAGGAAUAAUGAGAAGCCCGGUUUUCACACAUUUGAGAGCUACCAUUGAAGGUUUGACAACCAUAAGAGCUUUUGGAGCCCAAAGUACUCUUAUGGACGAGUUUGAUCAUCAUCAAGAUUAUCAUUCAAGUGCAUGGUACAUGUUUAUUGUGUCCAGUAAUGCUUUCGGAUUUUACUUGGACUGUUUCUGUUCUGUAUUUUUGGCAGCACUUACUUUUAGUUUAUUGUUAUUCGGGGAGGCCUUUAAUCUGAAGGGAGGUCAAGUAGGUCUGGCCAUUACUCAAGCAACAGCACUAACAAAUUACCUACAAUGGGGUAUGCGUCAAUCUGCCGAGGUAACCAAUCAACUUAUGAGCGUGGAAAGGGUAUUGGAGUAUGAAAAUUUGGAAAAGGAAGCACAGCCAGUUUUACCUCAGAAACCAGCCAAAGAAUGGCCCAAGAAGGGAGCAAUUACUUUUAAAGAUACUUGUUUAAAAUACUUUGAAGGAGGACCAUUGGUUUUAAAACAUCUUAAUCUAAGCAUUCAACCAAAGGAGAAGGUUGGAGUUGUUGGUAGAACCGGAGCAGGAAAAUCUUCCUUAAUCCAAGCACUAUUUAGACUAGCUCCGAUUGAAGGUUCCAUUAAAAUCGAUGAUAUCGAUACCAAAGAUAUUAGCCUCAAUGAUCUCCGUUUGAAAAUCUCGAUUAUUCCUCAAGACCCAGUGCUAUUUUCAGGAACUUUAAGAUACAACUUGGACCCAUUCGAAGAAUAUUCAGACGAAGUUUUGUAUAAAGCUAUAGAAGAUGUAGAACUGAAAGACCCUGCUAAUGUUAUCAACCGAUUGGAAAAUAGAGUUAUGGAUAGAGGUUCCAAUUACAGUGUCGGACAGAGACAGUUGAUUUGCUUGGCAAGAGCUAUUCUUAAAAAUAACAAAGUUCUUAUGUUGGAUGAAGCUACAGCUAAUGUAGAUCCACAGACCGACGCUUUAAUCCAGAAAACCAUCCGAAAGAAGUUCUCGGAUUGCACUGUGAUAACCGUCGCACAUAGACUAAACACUAUCAUGGACUCUGAUAAAGUAUUAGUUAUGGACGCUGGACAAAUAUCUGAGUUUGAUCACCCGCACUUACUUCUUCAAAAUAAAAAUGGAGUUUUUUACAGUAUGGUUGCUGAAACUGGUAAAACAACAGCUGACCAGCUUAGAAAAAUUGCCUCAGAUAGUUAUCAAAAACUCCAAGCAUUACCAGAGUAA